UCGCUGCCGCCGCCGAUGACGGUGCGUACGCGGUACCCCGCGGGUGUUUACGGCGCGCGUGUUCGCGCACCGCAGUAGUUGUACAACACAACACGGUGUCGUCUGUGGUCGACGGGCCCACUGCGAAACGCGCCCCGCACGCGACUACCAAAACGCGACGCACCGGACCGCGGCACCACCGCUGUCGCCGCCGAUACCAAGAAAAUAUCAAUUUAAUAUCGUAAUAAUAUUUCGUCGGUGCCGCGUGACGAAGAUGCGGUCCCGCUCAGCAGGGCUGUAGCAGCAGUGAGCUAUUCCAGCGGUCUGCGAACUAUACCCGAAGUCAACGAGCCAUCGACCGACACUUCGCCUACACGAAUCACGAAAUGCCACACUCCUACGAACACAUCGUCGACGCUCAGCAGUCGUCGGUCGGGGACGAGCUGUAUAACCUGACGCAGUUGGCCGAGGUCAGCAUCGUCUACUUCAGACACCACACGGCCACGAUCAUCGACGGGCCGAGUGCCUACGAAAAGGUCAUAAAGAAAAACGAUAACGACGACAAUGGCGACACAAUAAUUACGGAACAGACGUCGAAGAAGACGACCAACAGCAAGGAACGUCAAUGCCCGGAUUGCGGGAAAUCUUACAGCACGUCCAGCAACUUGGCCCGGCAUCGGCAGACGCACAGGUCGCUGGCAGACACCAAAGCCAGACACUGUCCCCACUGCGACAAGGUCUAUGUGUCGAUACCCGCCUUUUCGAUGCACAUGCGAACACACAGCCAGUCGUGUAAAUGUAGCAUCUGCGGCAAAUGUUUCUCCAGGCCAUGGUUGUUGCAAGGGCACAUCCGCACCCACACAGGUGAAAAACCUUACGAGUGCGAAAAAUGUUGCAAAGCGUUUGCGGAUAAGUCAAACUUGCGAGCUCAUCUACAAACGCAUUCUACAGAAAAACCACAUGUUUGUCAGAAAUGCAACAAAGCUUUUGCACUCAAGUCGUAUUUGUACAAACAUGAGGAAUCAGCUUGUGGUAAAAUUACAUCGUUGAACAACAAUAACAAUAACGAUUAGGAACCCUUUUUUUAUUAGAUUUAAAAAUCAAAAAUUCUAAACAAUUGUUUUUUUGUAUAUAUUUAUAUUAUGAGUUUUUCUUUACUUUUUUCUUCUCAAACCGUUUGAAAAUAAGCUAUACUUUUCAGUGACCAUUUAACAUUUGUUCUAGAAAUGUGUAAUACAUUUUUCACAUUUUUAUAUUUAAGUACAAUUUAAAAUACUUGAAAGUUUUAAUGAAUAUAACAACAAUGAAAUUGUUCUUAUUUUAAACACUUUUAAUUACAAAAUAGUAGUAAUAAUAAUAAAUAAUAAAUAAUACAAAAAUAAGGAAAAAACAGCUAACAAAAUAAUCUAAUUUUUAUAAAACGUUACAUUUUAUAUAACAAAGAUCUGAGCAAUACAUGUUUAUGAUUUUUAGGCAUUUAGAAAUGACCAGCAAAUUUUAUAUUUUAUUAAAUCAAUUUGUGUUUGGUUUGUUUUGUUAUUGUUAGACUUUUGGACACUAAUUUUGAGGCUAAACAAGUAAGGUUACACUUGUAUUAUUGAAGUGUAGAUACCAAAUAGAAUAAAAAUAGCUCAGGUAAUAUUUAUAUAUUUUUUUUUUUU